UUCCCUUUACCUCCUCGGAUUUCUGAGGGCUCUACGUGACGACUGAAAGACAGGGCGACACUUCUAAUCGGUGGCUCAGUGGUGCAGGACAGCUCAGAGGAGGAGAAGACAAGGAGAGGCAAGAGCGCGCGAGGUUGGGUGUCCCAUCCGUCAACUAGCAGGAGGAACCCAACACCAAAACUUAUGGCUGCCUGAGAAAUAACGAUACCUCCCCCUCUCUCUCUCUCUCUCUCUCUUCUCUCUCUCUUUCUCUGGGACUUUUUGGCUUUUAGUCCUGUCCUGAGCAGACGUUUGUUUAAGUGACAUUUCUUUUAAUCUAAAUUUUAAAAAAAAAAAGAAAAAAAAAAGCAAACAUUCAUCACUUGGCGAGGGCGUCUCUGGCCGGUCAUGGAUACCCAUAUAAGAUGGAAAGUAAAACGGAGGAUAAGGGACGUCCAGAUCUCUAUAGCGAUGCUUCUGCUUUUUGUCACAUCGCAGGCGAGUUCAGUGGAACCCGCAGACCUCUUGAAGAUUUUAGAUUUCCACAGUUUACCUGAGGGUGUUACAAAAACAACAGGUUUCUGCUCACAUAGGAAGUCGACAAAAGGACCUGAUGUGGCCUAUAGAGUAUCCAAAGAUGCUCAGCUCAGCGCUCCUACCAAACAGCUAUAUCCAGGUGAUGCAUUUCCAGAGGACUUUUCCAUCUUGGCCACAGUGAAGCCCAAGAAGGGGAGCCAAUCCUUCCUGUUGUCUGUGUACAACGAGCAGGGUAUCCAGCAACUUGGACUGGAGGUGGGUCGCUCCCCUGUCUUCCUGUAUGAGGACCACACAGGCAAACCCAGUCCCGAGGACUACCCCCUCUUCAGAGGAGUCAACCUGGCUGAUGGAAAGUGGCAUCGAGUGGCUAUCAGUGUGCACAAGCAGACAAUCACCCUCAUUCUGGACUGUAAAAAGAAGACCAACCUGAGGUUACUCCGAUCCCACCAUCCCAUCAUCGACACCAGAGGAAUUGUUGUGUUUGGAACUAGAAUACUUGAUGAAGAGGUUUUUGAGGGAGACAUACAGCAGCUGAUGAUUGUAGCAGACCACCGCGCUGCCUAUGAUUACUGUGAGCACUACAGCCCCGAUUGUGAAGUGCCCAUCCCCGACCAGCCUCAGAACCAGGACCCGAAUGCAGAUGAAUAUAACACAGAUGAGGACAGCUAUUACUAUGAAUACCCUUACUAUGAGGACAUGGACAGCAAGCCCUAUGAGUCAACGCCUGACACGGUGGAGUCGGCCUCAAAAGAUAUCAAGGUUGAAGGGGGAGACCAAGCGGGCACUGAGGUCAAAGUGCUGACCCCCACUUCCGUUUCAUCUGGCUCAUCAUCCAGAUCAUCUAGCAGCACUUCAGAUAGCUCUGCUAACGCUGCCACCACUGACGGUGAUGCGUACACGGAGGAAAGCAGCCCUUAUAACAGCUAUGACAGCUACGGUAACUACGAGACCUACUACGACGAGUCUACGUCGUCACCCGAUAACGCUCAUCGAGUCACCAUCACCAGUACUGGCACCGGGGGGGAGCUGGACCUUGGCUUAGGGUCAAAUAUUGACCUGGGCACUGGAGCUGAUAUUGAGAAGAGGGUAAUCACCGGUGGAGAAGGGACGUCAGUAAUUAUCACAAACAAGACCUCAGUGGGAAAUGCCUAUGAUGACAGCUACAGCGAGGGAUAUGAGUAUGGUGAGGAGGGCCAGUACAACAUUGGUGGAGGCAGUAGCAGCAGCAAGGUUCACAUUGGUGGUGAAGGAGAAAGCAGCAGCACUGCUGGAGGAGGAAGUAGCAGUAGUAUUCACAUCAGUGGCGGAGGAGGAGGUAGCAGCAGUUCUACCGGUUCUGCUGGAGGAGGUUCUGUAUCUCAUGGAGGUGGUUCUGUGUCCACUGGGAGUGGUUCUGUCUCAGCGGGAGGAUCUUCCAGUUCUGGAGGUGGAUCGGCCAGUGCCGGGGCUGGAGCUGGUGGGUCUAUUGCCACAGGAACAGGCCUGGGUUUGGACGGCGAGGGAGACUACACAGAUCUGGAUGCAUUCAAGGAGGAGCACAUCACUGACUAUGGGGAUUUGGACCAGGACCUGUAUGAUAACUAUGGAACCCUGGAUUAUGGAGACAAAGAGGGCAAAGUGCUGCCUGCUGAGACCGAUGAGUAUUAUGGACAGGUUGAUGGAGCCCGCGGUGAGAAGGGACAGAAGGGAGAGCCUGCUGUUAUUGAGCCUGGAAUGUUGGUGGAGGGUCAGCCUGGGCCUGAAGGGCCAACAGGUCUCCCUGGACCCCCGGGUGCCUCUGGCCCACCAGGUGGCUCUGGAGAGCCUGGAGAGAGGGGCCCCACCGGUCGCCCUGGCCUUCCUGGUGCUGAUGGUCUGCCAGGACCCCCUGGAACAGUGCUGAUGUUGCCUUUUCGAUUCAGCUCUGGAGGAGACUCCGGUCAGAAGGGACCUGCUGUGUCUGCCCAGGAGGCUCAAAUGCAAGCUAUCAUGCAGCAAGCCAGGCUGGCAAUGCGUGGCCCAACAGGCCCGAUGGGCUUGACUGGCAGAUCAGGCCCUCUGGGUCCUCCUGGUGUGGCGGGACUGAAAGGAGAGUCUGGUGAGGCUGGACCUCAGGGACCCCGUGGACCUCUGGGAUCUCCUGGACCCAGUGGAAAGCCUGGCAGAAGGGGUCGUGCUGGAGCUGAUGGUGCUCGAGGCAUGCCAGGACAGACUGGAACCAAGGGAGACCGAGGCUUUGAUGGAUUGGCUGGGCUUCCUGGCGAAAAGGGACACCGAGGUGAAAAUGGACCUUCUGGACCCCCAGGUGCCCCAGGGGAGGAUGGAGAGAGAGGAGAUGACGGAGAGAUUGGACCCAGGGGACUCCCGGGUGAACCAGGGCCCCGCGGUUUGCUUGGACCAAAGGGACCUCAAGGACCUCCUGGACCUCCUGGUGUUACCGGGAUGGAUGGCCAUCCUGGACCCAAAGGAAACAUUGGGCCACAAGGAGAGCCAGGUCCUCCAGGACAGCAAGGCAACCCAGGCGCCCAGGGUCUUCCAGGGCCCCAGGGAGCCAUUGGACCUCCUGGAGAGAAGGGUCCGACAGGAAAGCCGGGCUUGCCUGGGAUGCCAGGAGCUGACGGACCACCGGGUCACCCUGGAAAGGAGGGACCCUCUGGAGAUAAGGGACACAUGGGCCCUGCUGGCCCUCAAGGACCACUUGGUUAUCCAGGACCCAGGGGUGUGAAGGGAGCUGACGGUGUUCGGGGUCUCAAAGGGAACAAGGGUGAAAAGGGAGAAGAUGGCUUCCCCGGUUUCAAGGGAGAUAUGGGUAUCAAGGGCGACAGGGGAGAGCUUGGGCCUGCAGGACCCAGAGGAGAAGAUGGUCCUGAGGGGCCCAAGGGUCGCUCAGGGCUCCCAGGAGAUGCCGGUCCCCUCGGUCCUAAUGGUGAGAAGGGUAAACUUGGUGUUCCUGGAUUGCCAGGUUACCCCGGAAGACAAGGACCAAAAGGAUCUCAGGGUUUCCAAGGUUUCCCCGGUGCCAACGGAGAGAAGGGAACUCGGGGGACGGCUGGUAAAUCUGGCCCAAGGGGACAAAGGGGACCAACAGGACCUCGUGGAGAGAGAGGACCAAGAGGACCCACAGGAAAAGCAGGACCAAAGGGUAACUCAGGAAGUGAUGGCCCUCCAGGACCUCUCGGUGAAAGGGGUCUGCCAGGACCUCAGGGACCAACAGGUUUCCCUGGACCAAAGGGGCCACCUGGUCCCGCUGGGAAAGAUGGACUGCCUGGACACCCUGGACAGAGAGGAGAGACUGGUUUCCAAGGCAAGACUGGCCCUCCUGGCCCUCCAGGUGUAGUCGGACCUCAGGGACCAACAGGGGAGACUGGACCAAUGGGAGAUCGUGGUCACCCAGGACCACCAGGCCCACCUGGUGAGCAGGGUCUACCUGGCGCUGCAGGAAAAGAAGGAGCCAAGGGUGACCCAGGCCCUGCUGGUCCAGCUGGCAAGGAUGGCCCUCCUGGUCCAAGAGGUUUCCCUGGAGAGAGGGGUCUUCCUGGACCUCUUGGAGCCCAUGGCCUGAAAGGGAAUGAAGGCCCCAACGGCCCGCCUGGCCCUGCUGGUUCUCCUGGUGAACGAGGUCCUGCUGGCCCCGCUGGGCCUACUGGUCUGCCUGGACGACCUGGCCCUCAGGGACCUCCAGGCCCUGCUGGAGAGAAGGGUGGGCCGGGAGAGAAAGGUCCUCAGGGCCCAGCUGGUAGAGAUGGAAUUCAAGGACCUGUAGGUCUGCCAGGACCUGGAGGACCUCCUGGGCCCCCAGGAGAAGAUGGAGAUAAGGGAGAGUUUGGUGAACCAGGCCAGAAGGGAAGCAAGGGCGAUAAAGGAGAACAUGGUCCUCCUGGUCCUACUGGUCCUCAAGGUCCUGUAGGAGCUCCUGGUCUUGCUGGUGCUGAUGGUGAACCUGGCCCCAGAGGUCAGCAGGGUCUUUUUGGCCAGAAGGGAGAUGAAGGAUCUAGAGGAUUCCCAGGACCUCCAGGCCCAGUUGGGCUUCAGGGUUUGCCUGGUCCCCCUGGUGAGAAGGGUGAAACUGGAGAUGUUGGUCAGAUGGGUCCACCUGGCCCACCUGGUCCCAGAGGCCCUUCAGGAGCCCCUGGAGCUGACGGCCCCCAGGGACCACCUGGUGGUAUUGGAAAUCCUGGUGCUGUUGGAGAAAAGGGAGAUUCUGGUGAAACAGGAGAGCCUGGUCUUCAGGGAGAAGUUGGUCCACCAGGUCCAAGAGGAGAGCGUGGAGAGAAGGGAGAGUCAGGUCCUGCUGGCUCUGCUGGACCUCCUGGCCCCAAAGGUCCACCUGGAGAUGAUGGUCCCAAAGGCAGCCCUGGUCCAAGUGGUUUCCCAGGUGAUCCUGGACCACCAGGAGAGCCCGGUCCAGCUGGUAUAGAUGGCCCCGCUGGUGACAAGGGAGAUGAUGGAGAGCCCGGUCAAGCUGGCUCACCAGGACCCACUGGAGAGUCUGGUCCCUCUGGACCACCAGGAAAGAGGGGACCUCCUGGAGCAGCGGGCCCUGAAGGAAGACAAGGUGAAAAGGGAGCAAAGGGUGAGUCCGGUUUGGAAGGUCCCCAAGGAAAGACAGGUCCCGUCGGUCCUCAGGGAUCACCUGGCAAACCCGGCUCUGAAGGUCUUAGGGGUAUCCCUGGCCCAGUUGGAGAGCAAGGUCUACCUGGUUCCCCAGGGCCAGAUGGACCAGCAGGACCUAUGGGUCCUGCAGGUUUACCCGGUUUGAGAGGAGACUCUGGAAUCAAGGGAGAAAAGGGCCACCCUGGUCUCAUUGGCCUUAUCGGACCACCAGGUGAACAGGGAGAAAAGGGUGACAGGGGUCUUCCUGGUCCUCAGGGAUCAUCUGGUCCCAAAGGAGACAAUGGUAUUGCCGGUCCCUCGGGUCCACUUGGUCCUCUUGGUCCUCCAGGAUUACCCGGUCCCCCCGGUCCAAAGGGAGCUAAGGGAUCAUCAGGUCAAACUGGUCCAAAAGGAGAGACCGGUGUUCCUGGACCCCCCGGACCCCCUGGCCCUCCUGGCGAUGUUAUCCACCCACUUCCCAUCCAAGCCCCCAGCAAGGGCAGGACACGUAGGAAUAUUGAUGCCAGCCAGAUGGUGGAUGAUGCAGGUGUGGACGCCAACUACAAGGACUACGAUGAUGGCAUGGAGGAGAUCUUUGGCUCACUCAACUCCCUUAAACUGGAAAUCGAGCAGAUGAAGCACCCGCUGGGCACACAGGGAAACCCUGCCCGGACUUGCAAGGACCUGCAGCUCUGUCACCCAGACUUCCCUGAUGGUGAGUACUGGAUUGAUCCCAACCAGGGAUGCUCUAGAGACUCCUUCAAGGUCUACUGCAACUUCACAGCAGGAGGAGAGAGCUGCAUCUUCCCCGAUAAGAAGUCUGAAGGAGCUAGGCUCACAUCCUGGGUAAAGGAGAUCCCUGGUUCCUGGUUCAGUGAAUUCAAACGUGGUAAACUGCUCUCAUAUGUGGACGCAGAGGGCAACCCUAUUGGCGUGGUGCAGAUGACUUUCAUGAGGUUGCUGAGUGCAGCAGCCAGACAGAACAUGACCUACAACUGCUACCAGUCAGUGGCGUGGCACGACCAGGAUCAGGACAACUAUGACAAGGCUAUUCGAUUCCUGGGCUCAAAUGAUGAGGAAAUGUCAUAUGAUAAUAACCCCUACAUUCGUACCCUGGCCGACGGCUGUGCAUUGAAAAAGGGCUAUGAAAAGACAGUACUUGAGAUCAACACACCCAAAGUGGAGCAGGUGCCAUUUGUCGACAUCAUGUUCAACGAUUUUGGCGAAUCUUCUCAAAAGUUCGGAUUUGAAGUGGGCCCCGUCUGUUUCAUCGGCUAAGACUGUUUACUGAACAAGUGGAGAAAAAAAGCAUAUUUUUGUUUUCUCAGAAACAAAACUGAAAAUAGGACACUUUCUAUUUGUAAAAAAAAAAAAAAAAAAGUUUGUUUUUUUUCUUUUCCAAAAGUAACAAAUAUGAGUCAAAUUGAAAUCAAGAUGACAAUACAAUGAAAUUCUAUAGGAAUUAAUGAAAAAUUAAGUACAACCUUGAAACCUCAGUGUGCCUUCUCUAUCACAUGCAAGUUUUGAAACUGGACAAGUCUUAAGAAUGCCCCACCGCCGCCACCCACCUCUAACUCAUACACCUGCACCUACACGUACAUGCACACGUGCACACACACACACACACACACACACACACACACACACACACACAUACAUACAUACACACAUCCCCGUAUCAGCACACUUGAUGUAGAUUCAUCUGACAUAACGAAGGCAACCCUGAGAGCUGCACCUGUUCCACAGGGGUGCAGUAUUUUGCCACGGACGCCAUCUGAUUUGGCUGUUUUCUUUACUUUCCAUCUCCUGUUUUCCCUUAUCUCCCGCUGUCGCCACUUCUUUUUGUUGUUUUGUUUUGCACCAAGGGAGCUUUGUUUGUGCAUAAUUGUCUCCCCAUUCUCUCGAAUGGACCUUAUAUAUAAAUAUAUAUAUAAAUAAUUUUUAUGUUUGUAAGUACAUUCUGUAUAUUUUUUUCCUGGUAAUGUUUAUUGGCUUGGGCUUCAAAACAUGCAUGUGACCUUUUUCAUUUGUGAGGUAGGAGAUGGUGGUUACUUAAACUCAUUGAAAUUUCAGAAACACUUCUUAAGUGAGAAAUUUGAUUUGUAAAUUUAAAAAAAAAAAAGAAAAAAAAUGGGAAACGUUAUCUUUUAACAGAUAUGGAGCACACCUUGUAACUUAAAGAACAGAAUGGAAAUAAAAGAUGAAAACAAGCUCAUUGACAUUAUGUGACAGUUGAUUUACAUUAAGAACGAAAAAAAAAAACAUUCCUUCGCUUUGUGUCCUCGUGAACAGUGCCUGUUUUAGCGGCAGUUGGAAACUUUAUUAAGUUAAUAAACAGCCUUACUAUUUCCCUUCGAACACUUAUCUAUCCAACUAUGCAAUGGGAGAUGAUGUCACAUUUCAAUGAAAAUACAAAGAAAUCAAAACUUAGGUGCUAUUUUUUUUUCUCUUCUGUGGUGCUAUGUAUUUUUCUAGUUUGUGUUUGUUGAAUGAAAGAAGAUUUAUGGUAACAGCAAUCCAGCAGCAUUUGCCCCUUGACUCUCAUAAGCAUCACCUUUGACACAGGAAGAUCUUUGCUCCAACCGUAUUUAUGCUCAGUGGCGGUUUAUGCAUGCCAUCUCUCUUCAUAUUGAUUCAUAAAUCUUGCAGCAUUUCAACACAUGCUAUUUUGCUUCGGCGGACCACAUAGGAAAAAAAAAAAAUCUAUAGCGUCUAAAAUUUAGACCAAUUCAGAGCAUAAGGAGAGGAAACUAAGCUGGUACUACUGGUUUGCACAUCGUUGCUCCGUGACAAUGCAUUUUGGAUCUCACCUCUUGAGUAAACUGCUCCAUUAAUCAUCUUCCAUUAAUCAGCCUGUCUGUUUUCUUCUUCUGAACUUGAGAGAUGCACAUGUGUGUAUUGUGAUGGGAACAUCUGUGUGUUCUCCUUUCUUAUGGUCCAAAGCACAUGGCCAUGAUUUUUUUUUUUUACCCCCCUUUUCUUUUCUUUUUUUUUUUUUUUUGCUAUGCAAAGCCAUCAGUGAUACCACCAAAGGUUUCCUAAAUAGCUUUAAAUGCCAUGAAAGCCUGGAACCUAUUCGGUUUUGAUCAUGGAAACACAUGGGAACAUAGUUCCUGCUCAUUUAGAUAUGAUCUUUAUUAAAAAAGAAAAAGGAACCCAACGGAAGUCGUGUAUAAAGUCCAAGCAUUUCGCAAGAUUAGCCAGAUGAGAAGCUUGUUUUGUUUUUUUGUUUUUUUUUGUUUGUUUUUUUGUUUGUUUGUUUUUUUGGGAUCUUCAAAUUGACUUGUUGGUCUACUUUUAUUUUAUUUUAUUUUAUUAUUACACAUUUUUUUUUGCCCUUUUUUUGUCAUCCCCUUUUAAACUAUGCACUCUAUACGCUUGUGACCACUAGUAUCUACCACAGAACUGUCAGAGCCCCUCCCCUACGUAGGCCGACGCUGAUUUGUUCCGUUUUCACCAGCAGAUAUGUGGCUCGAACCACUUCUGUUAAGAUAACUCAAUAUGCUUGUAGAUCUUUCAUUUUUUAUUUUUAUUUUAUUUUUUGUUUUUAUUUUUAUUUUUAUUUUUUUGUGACGCAUUACACCAAAUUUAACACCUUGCUCUCAAUAAAAGGACAAACCAAUUUUUGUAAAUUUUCAGAACCAGCAGUGAUGCUGCCAUCUUUGUUUGUUUUUUGUUUUGUAGCUUUACAUUGUCUGUUUGAUUGUUUGUUUGUUUUCACAGUUUUGUCAAACCUGUGUAAGGAUAAGAGGAUUGAAGAUAUAUUGGUUUUUAUGUCAAUAAAUUCAAGUUUACUGUGGCCAUUCACUCUUGUAUGUCUUUUGAAGCAUUAAAACCUAUCUGUAUGCAUGAAA